AUGCAUAUCAAGACACUCACGAUCCAGGGCUUCAAGUCCUAUCGUGAUCAGACGGCCAUCGAUGAAUUGAGCCCUGGGAGCAACGUGGUGGUCGGUCGCAAUGGAAGUGGCAAGUCAAACUUUUUCUCGGCGAUUCGAUUUGUGCUAUCCGACGCGUACACGUCCAUGUCUCGAGAGGAGCGACAAGCGUUGCUUCACGACUCUUCCUCUUCGACGUCCACGACGCUGAGCGCCUUUGUCGAAAUCGUCUUUGAUAAUAGCGACGGCAGAUUUCCAGUGGCUGCCGGUACCAGCGGCUCCAACAGCGACGAAGUCAUCCUACGCCGAACCAUUGGAUUGAAGAAGGACGAGUACAGCAUUGAUAGAAGGAGCGCGAAUAAGGCGGAUGUAGCCAAUCUGUUGGAAGCUGCUGGCUUCUCUAGAAGCAAUCCUUAUUACAUAGUGCCUCAAGGUCGAAUUACGAACCUUACCAACAUGAAGGACAGAGAGCGUCUCGACUUGCUCAAAGAAGUGGCUGGAACGCGCGUGUACGAGACUCGACGGGCAGAGAGUCUCAAGAUCAUGGAAGAGACGGACUCCAAGCGAUCCAAAAUCGAUGAUCUGCUCAAGUACAUCGAGGAGAGGUUGGCCGAGCUGGACGACGAGAAGGAAGAGCUUCGCCAAUAUUACGAUAAGGAUAAGGAGCGUCGCUGUCUCGAGUAUGCGUUGUACUAUCGCUCUCUGCAGGAUCACGUCGCGAAGCUCGAAGAGCUUGAGGAGAAGCGUCGCGGAGAGGCGGAAAGCAGCACCGCGAAGCAGCGAACCUUCAACCAACGCGAACAGACGCUCGCAUCGCUCAAAUCGGAGUUGCAAAGUCUUCAGCAGGAGGCUGCGCAGUUGGAAGUGGAGCAGACGACUGUUCGAGACGAGAGGCGCAGCUUGAUCAGGAUCAGAGCUACGCUUGAAAGUCUGGUGGGAGAUGAUGAGGAAGAAGGAGGAGAGGCUGAGCGCUCCACUUUGGAAGCCGCUCUUAGAAGUCUGGACGAGCGCAUCGCUGCAAGCGAGGCGGAGCUUAUCAAUCUGCUGCCCGCAUAUGAGGAGAAGAGACUUGAGCUCGAGGAAGCUCGCAAUGAACUCGAGCAGAUUCGCAAUCGUAUCAACGUUCUGUUGGGUCGUCAAGGACGUAGCACUGCGUACACUACUCAAGCAGCUCGUGACGCAGCUCUGCGAGCAGAAAUAAACUCGCUGCAGCAGCACGUGCAAAGAGAGACGAGGCGCAAGGCUGAGCUGCAAAGCGAGCAACAGGCCGCUAACACGGCUUUGCAGGAAGCUCGGAGCGGACUCGAAGGCAAAGCUGCGCUGCUCGAGGAGAGAAGAAUCUUCAACCGCGAAGCGGCGCAGGAGUGGGAGAAGCUCAGCUCGAGAAGAGAGGAGUUGCUAGAGCAGAAAAAGGGACUUUGGAAAGAGGAGACCAAAUUGAGCUCCACCGCUACUUUCGGAAGCGAAAACCUCGCUUCGGCGAGGCGCGCUCUUGCUGGUACCAUGGGCAGAGCGACCGCUUUGGGUUUGCAAGCAGUCGAAGAUGUGGCGAAGCGUCACAAACUUGAAGGCGUAUUUGGACCUCUCUAUCAGCUCUUCGCGGUCGACGAAAAAUAUAAGGUCGCGGUCGAGACCACUGCCGGUGAAAGCCUGUUCCACAUAGUCGUGGACACGGAUGAGACCGCUACGAAGCUCUUGGAUGUGAUGACCCGAGAGAAGCUGGGACGUGUGACCGUCAUCCCACUCAAUAGGAUCAAGCCUAAAGAAGUCAACUUUCCUCAGGCGGCUGAUGCAAUUCUCAUGAUCAAGAAACUCGAGUACGACAGAAAAUACGUGGCUGCAUUGCAACAGGUCUUUGGCAAGACCAUCAUUUGCCCUAACCUGGAGAUUGCUGGCGCCUACGUGCGCAGUCACGGCUUGAACGCCAUUACGCUGGAUGGUGAUCGGGUCGAGCGCAAGGGGUCUCUGCACGGAGGAUAUCAUGACCCGCGCAGGUCGCGUCUGGACGCGGUGCGAGAUGUCAAGAAAUGGCGCGAAGUAUACGAAACCUCGACGAGCUCGUUGAAAGAAGUCAAGACGGCCAUCCAGCAGGUUGAGCAGGAAGUGGCAACGAUCGAAGGGUCGUUGCAGAAGCUCAAAGUGCAGAGCAUCAGAGCUGCCGCGACGAGGGAUGCGCUCAUUGCUGACCUCAGCGCCUUGCGAGAAGACGAGGGCAAUGCCAGACGAAGAAUGGAGCACCUACACGAUGCCGAGGCUGGCGUGGAACGCGAGAUCGACGCCGCUAGACUCAAGGUUCAGGCGCUUCAGCAGGAAUUGCAGACGCCAUUGAGUGCUGGUCUGAGCAAUCAAGAGAGCGCAGAACUGGAUCAGCUCAAUGCUCGUCUGGACGCUCAGCGUCAGGUAGUUGCCGAACAGUCGGCCACCCUCAGCGAGCUGGCUAGCCAGAAGCGCUUGCUGGAGAUUGAGCUGGACGAUAAUCUCAAGAGAGAAAGAGACGGUGCAACUGCUCGACUGGAAGCUCUGAAUGCUCAGAAUUUGCUCAUCGCUGGCGAAGCUGGUGCCGCUGCUGGUGCCACGAGCGCCGAGAGCCGAAAGCGAGAAUUGGCAAAUGUGAAGCGUCAGAUUGGCAAUUGCGAGAAGCGCUUGACUGCUUUGGAGAAGGAGCAGGACGAGUUGCAAAAGAAGGUCAAGGCUGCUGAAGAGAGGCACGAGAAGACGCGGUCAGAACAGGUUGCUGAUGCUCGAGAGAUCGAGCGCGGAGAAAAGAGUCUGCAGCGCUACCUGUCUCAGAAGCAGAUCUUUAGUCAGAAGCGCGACGAGGAGAACAAGAACAUUCGCGAUCUCGGUGUCUUGCCGGACGAAGCCUUUGAAAAGUAUCUGAAGACGAACAAGGACAAGAUAUUGACUCGCCUGCACAAAGUGAAACACGCCCUGAGCAAAUUCUCAAAUGUCAACAAGAAGGCGGUGGAGCAGUACAACAAUUUCACGAAGCAGCGCGACCAGCUCUUGCAGAGGCAAGAAGAGCUGGAAGCGUCCGCCUCUUCGAUUCAAGAGCUCAUAGAGGUGCUAGAUCAGCGCAAGGACGAGGCAAUCGAGAGGACCUUCAAGCAGGUCUCCAAGUACUUUGCGGAAGUGUUUGAAAGACUUGUGCCAGCUGGCAAGGGUCGCUUGAUCAUGCAAAAGCGUAUCGAUGAGCCUGAUGACAUGGACGAGGAUGAGGAUGGUGCGGAGAAGAGCACAGUGGAGAACUACACUGGCGUGUCGAUCAAAGUCUCCUUCAACAGCAAGGUCGACGAGGGUCUGCGCAUCCAGCAGCUGUCUGGUGGUCAAAAGUCCCUCGUUGCUCUGGCGACUGUCUUUGCCAUCCAAAAGUGCGACCCGGCUCCCUUCUACCUCUUUGAUGAAAUCGACGCGAAUUUGGAUGCGCAGUACAGAACGGCUGUGGCUGCAAUGAUCAGCGAGCUUUCCGAAUCGGCCCAAUUCAUCACGACGACCUUCAGGCCCGAGAUGGUCGCAGUGGCCGACAAGCACUACGGAGUGCUCUUCAAUCAACAAAAAAUUUCUUCGAUCAGGAGUAUCAGUCAGGACGAAGCAGCCACGUUCGUCGAGGCUGCCGCAGAGGGGCCCCAACCGCCCAGCGCGCGAUGA